AACAACAGAUAACAAAAGUCAUCCUCUCCACUCCAUUCCAUUCCAAUCUACGCUCCCUCUCCGACUCUAAGCUCUCUUGCUCUAAUCCCAGAAUCUCCCAUGGCAAUUUCAGCCUCGGCCACGGCCACGGCCUCCACCACCUCUAAAUUAGCUUACCCUCAUCCUCACCCCUGUCCUCGUGCGUCGCCUUCCUCCUCCAUCACUUUCUCCUUAUCCCCUUCCUCUUUCCUUACACAACCAGCUAAGUUAACUCCCAAAACCCUUCUCUCCUCUUCCUUCAUUUCCCCUUUCCUCUCCUCCACCUCCCCGUCAUCCUCCACAGCCAUUAGUACCAGCCGCCGCUCCUUCACCGUCCGUGCUGCCCGAGGGAAAUUCGAGAGGAAGAAACCCCAUGUUAACAUUGGAACUAUCGGCCACGUCGACCAUGGGAAGACCACUCUUACAGCUGCCCUCACCAUGGCUUUAGCCGCUACUGGCAACAGUGCGCCCAAGAAAUACGAUGAAAUUGACGCCGCUCCUGAGGAACGCGCCCGUGGUAUUACCAUCAAUACGGCCACCGUUGAGUACGAGACCGAGUCGCGCCAUUAUGCCCACGUGGACUGCCCUGGUCACGCUGAUUAUGUGAAAAAUAUGAUUACUGGUGCUGCUCAAAUGGACGGCGCUAUCCUUGUCGUCUCGGGCGCCGACGGUCCCAUGCCCCAAACCAAGGAGCACAUCUUGCUGGCAAAACAAGUUGGAGUUCCCAACAUGGUUGUUUUUCUGAAUAAACAGGACCAGGUGGACGACGAGGAGCUUUUGCAACUAGUGGAAUUAGAGGUGCGUGAGUUACUGUCGUCUUAUGAGUUUCCUGGUGAUGACAUACCCAUAACUUCUGGCUCCGCGCUUUUGGCUUUGGAGGCUUUGAUGGCUAAUCCGAACAUUAAGCGCGGAGAGAAUGAAUGGGUCGAUAAGAUUUAUGAACUCAUGGAUUCUGUGGAUGGCUACAUUCCCAUUCCCCAAAGGCAAACUGAUUUACCAUUUUUGCUUGCUAUUGAAGAUGUGUUUUCAAUUACUGGUCGUGGUACUGUUGCCACAGGCAGGGUUGAAAGGGGAACUAUUAAGGUGGGUGAUACCGUAGAUAUUGUGGGCUUAAGGGAAACUAGGAAUACUACGGUGACCGGAGUUGAAAUGUUUCAAAAGAUUUUGGACGAUGCCAUGGCUGGUGAUAAUGUGGGAUUGCUGUUGAGAGGCGUCCAAAAGGCUGAUAUUCAGAGAGGAAUGGUCUUGGCUAAACCUGGCACAAUUACUCCACAUACUAAGUUCUCAGCCAUUGUUUAUGUGUUGAAGAAGGAAGAGGGCGGUAGGCAUUCACCAUUUUUCGCUGGUUAUAGGCCUCAAUUUUACAUGAGGACCACUGAUGUCACUGGCAAGGUGACCACCAUUAUGAAUGAUAAGGAUGAGGAGUCAAAGAUGGUUAUGCCUGGUGAUCGUGUGAAGAUGAUUGUGGAGCUUAUUGUGCCUGUGGCUUGUGAACAAGGGAUGAGGUUUGCUAUCAGAGAAGGAGGGAAGACAGUUGGAGCUGGUGUUAUUCAGUCCAUCAUUGAGUAGAUACUUUAAAAUGCGCUAGAUUUUUUCUAUGGUGUUGAACUUUAUCUUCUCAGAUUUGUGCAAUUAGUUUCACUGUUUCAGCAAAACUUUUCAAAGCCAGGAAAAAACCGAACUUUCAGCGUAUUAUAGCUGUUUUAAUUUUGUCAAUUUUCCCUUAAUUUUACAUGAAGGGCUAUUAUGCCUCUUCUUAGCCAUCAGGGGACCAGGUUGUUGUAAGUCGGCAGAUGCAUCAUUUGUUUAGUAUUAUCUACUCAACCGAAUCAAUGUGGUUAAGAAUA